AUGAUCCCCGACGUGAAGCUGCGGAGCUGGCUGUCGCGCAAGGACCGCAAGGACGGCGCGGAGGACUCCCCGCGGGGCAGCGCCAGAGAGCCGUCGGGGAAAGGCAGGGAGAAGCAAGGGGGGGGGACGGGACUCGACAGGCUGGGCGCAGGGGGUGCGGAUGGCGCGCGCGGUAAGUCUGGCGCGGCGGCAGGCGGACAAGCGGUGCUUUCAGCGGAGGGUGACGUGCCGCGCUCCGCCUCGUCCGACGCGUCCUAUGCGCGCAACCCGCGCGCCGACAUUGCGCGCGAUAUGCCUCCCGGGGGAGCGAUGAGCCCCACGGACGAGGAGCUGGAUCGCGCCAUGGCGGAGAUGGGCUGCGCGGGCGGGGGCCUAGGGACGGCGGGGGGGGCGAGUUCCGCGCAAGCGGGAUCGCCGAGCGGGGCGGUGACUCCGCGGUCGCGGCGGGAGAUAUGGAAGUGGCGGAGGAGUCGCACGACGGCGCUGCCAGUGGGCGGCACGGUGGGCCGGGGAAACGCGGCGGCGCUGCGCGGGUGGCUGGACCGCGAGAGCUCCUUCGCGAGCUCCACGGGCGGAGAGUCCGCCAGCGGGGUCUCCGCCGUGGGGUCUGAGGGCACUGCGGGGGGCGGAGGGGCAGGAGGGGGGAAGCGGGAGGCGGAAGACGGCGGAGGGGAGCAGAACGGGGGAGGGGAUGCGGGUGGGGGGGGCGGGGCGGCAGGGAGCGGUUGGAAGCGGUGGCGGCUGUCGCGGCAGCUGGGGUUCGGCGCGGAGGACGUGCGGGUGAUGCGCGAGUUCCUGGCGCACCGCGACGCGUGGGUGGCGCUGGAGGCGAGCCCCUCCACGCGCUUCUACGUCUUCGACUACAUGCAGACCGUCCGCUCCGGCGCUUACCCGCGCGUGCUCGCGGUGAGGCUCACGCGCCCUUUCGUGGUCGUCCAUUCGUCAACGCUUCGCCGUCACACGCCCUGUUGUCGUUUUGCUCAGAACACCCCUGCCCCCUACUUCCCACCCCUCCCGUCCCUUCCCCCACCCCCUGCCCCCUUUCCCCGCCCCUCUUCCAACCCUACACUUUCUGUCGCUGCGUCUUGUUCUUGCUCCCCCUUUGCCCUGGGCGAGCUGCUUUUGGUGCGCGCGCACGGGCUGUCGGAGGCGGAUCUGAAGAGCCAGAAGCGCGAGACGCUGCAGCUGCUGGCGCUGCUGUUCUCGCAGCACGACGGGCUGUGGCGCCUGCGCCGCCAGCAGCUGCUCGAACUCAUCGUCUCCGCGCCCCCCUGGCUCGCCGCGCCCCACGGAGAGCAGCACGCGGACGAGUGGGCGGAGGGGGACGAGGGAGGGGGGGAGGGAGUGGCGGAGCGUGGCGCGGGAGGGGACGCGGUGGGGCGAGAAGAGGGGCGGGGCGCGGAGGAGGAGGGGCAAGGGAACGGCAUGGUGGAGGAGGGCGGGGGCGGGAAGGAGGGUGGGCAGCGUGAUGGUAGGCGCGGGGAUGGGUCCCCAAGUGCAGUGAGCGUGGCAGCAGGCUCAGGUGCUGCACAAGGGGCGGAUGAGCAGGGGCCUGGGGCGGAGAAGCAGGAGGGCUGUACCAGGGACGCGGGGGAUGCGGGCAGGGAGGGGCAAGGGGAAGAGGGGGUGGAUGGGAGGCAAGCGGUGGGGGUGCGCGAGGGGGAGCAGACGAAGGGGUCAUUGGAAGCGGGGCAUGGUGUGGUGGUGGCGCGUGUGGCGCGCAGUGCGGGCGCAGGCAUGCAGGGGAGUGACGCCACGGACGGGGCAGUGGCAGGAGGAGAGGCGAGGGUUGCGGGUGGGGGGGAGGGCGCAGAGGCGAAUGCAGGGCGGAGGGAGAACUUACGUGGUGCAGGGGGGGGCAUGGGGUCAGGGACGGGCGGGCGGGGCAGAGGAGCCGCGCCCAUGCCAUGGCCCGCGCCCCCGGCCCUGAGAGCCAGAGUAGAGGCGGCCGGGGACGACGGCGCAGCACCACAGGCCACAGCUGCUGCUGCUGCAAGGGACGGCGGCAGCGGAACAGUGGCGAGGAGCAGCAGCAGUGGCAGCGGUGGCGGCGGUGGGAGCGGCAGCGGAGUGGCGAGUGGGUGGGCGGCGUCGGAGAUGUAUCGGCGCAUGAGCAGCAGCUUCCUGCAGCGCGACAAGGAGCUGCUCUCCGCCUUCCUGCAGCGCGCCGCGCACUGGGACUCGCUGGCGCCGCGCACGCCCAUGCACGCGCGCUUCCUGGCCACGGUGGAGGGGCUGCGCGCGGGGCAGCACGGCGAGCUGGCGGGCAUGCGCGGCAUCGUGAUGGCGCAGCGCGACGCUGUGGACGCCUCUGACGUGCUCCGCCUCAACACCGGCGCCCUGCAGGGCGUGUGGGGUGGUGGGCGUGGGAGGGCGUUCGUGUUAGGCGGCGAGGUGGUGCGCUGCUGUGGUGAUGUGGUGGUGAGAUCUGCUGGAGAUGAGCAGUAUGGGUGCGACACCCAGCAGGUGCUAGCGGGGGUGCUGUCAGACACGGCGGUGCACGGCAGCACUGCACGCGACGACCUCAUUGCCAUCUGCCUCUCCCACGGCCCCUGGCUGCCGCCCACUCCUGCCACGCCCGCCACGCCCGCCACUCCCGGCAGCACCCGCUCACGUCGCUCGCGCAGCAGGGGGUUCUCCCGUGGGGUGGGCGAGGCGUGGGACGAGGGCGUGGUGCGACGCCUGGACGCGGCGGAUGGGGCUGUUGGCAGUGGCAGUGCACGGAUGGAGGGGGAGAGCGGGCGGGACAGGGGCGGGAGAAAGGGCAGAGGCGACAGAGAAGGGGAGGCGGGAGAAGGGGAGAACGGGGUGGGCGGUGGGGAGGAGGAAGGAGGUGGGGUGGGGCGUGGCGAGGAGGGGGGGAGCGGCAGGGGCAGCAGCAAGGAGGCGUUCGCGUAUGGGGGCACAUGGGGUGGCAGCCGCAGCAAGGGUGCAGGCAAGAAGGGGACGUUGAGUGGCAAGCACAGGGCGGAGCUGGAGAAGCUAAGGCAGGAGGUGCGCAUGAUCGAGGAGAAGGCCAAGCUCAAGAAGCUCAUGCUCCAACCCACGCCCCCCCAACAUCCCCAUCCUGCUGCCGCUGCUCCUCAUGCUGCUGCUGCUGCCGCUGCCACUCUUGCCGCUGAUGCGGGUGGCAGUGGGGGUGGUGCAAGGGAGCGGGAUAACAGUGGCAGGAGUUUGCGCAGGAGUGCGAGUAGAGGAUCCAGGUCGUUCUCUCACAGGGACCACCACAUUGCUGCAGCUGCUGCCACUGCAGCUGCUGCUCCACCUCCCACUGCGCCGCCUGAACCAUCGACAGCCUCUCCUGAUGCCCAGUCCACCGCAGCAGAGCAUGCACAUGAGCAGCAUGCCGCGCACAUCACCUCCCCCCCUGAACCCACCGCCACCGCUACCCCGUCACCCCUGCUGGGCUCAUCCCCCUCGGACGCCCCCAGCUUCCGAUCCAUGGUGUCCCCUGCGGCCUCUGCUGCACAUGGUGAUGGCGGUGCUGACGCCAUGGAAUCCCACCUUGCUACGCCCGUGGCCUCGUCCUCGCAUGCACCGCAUCCCAUGCCCUCCCACGCGCAUGCACCUGUGCUGCAUGGCGCGCACAUGACUGGCCCUCGGGACCUGUACUCCGCUGCAGCCCCUGCUGCUGCCACUCAUCUUUCUGGGGGCGCCCCUAGCGCUGGCGCUGCCGGCAGUGAGGAAAUGCCUGAUGCGCCUGCUCCACCCUCCACCACCGCCACUGCACCACCACCUUCCACUUAUGCUGCUCUCACUCUGCCCGACCCUGCUGCCACCGGUACCACCAGCACUGGCAGCGGGCAUGAGUGGGAUGCGGUGGGCGUCUCCUCUCGGGGCGUGCGCGCGUGGCACAGGCAGCCCAUGACGCCCAACCUGGGUGCGUCGUCGCGGCGCCUGCGGCCGCUGGCGUUCCUGCGGGGGGACGGCGAGCAGGGCGAGGAGGUGCAGGUGCGCAGCCCGGGGUCACAGGGCGCCAUGGGGCUGGCCGCGCAUGGGGACGACGGCGAGCUGCGCGGCAGGGGCCGUGGGGCGUCACGCAUGCGCGGCAGGGAGCGCAGGGAGCGCGUGGUGCUGGGCGGCUGGGAGAUGGAUGGGGAGCGUGGCGUGGGGGAGGGCGCGGAGUGGGACGCGGGGGAGGGGGGUGAGAAUGGCGGAGAGAGAAGUGCACGGGGUGAAGGGGGUGUGAGGAGCUUAGAGGGGCAGUAUGGGAUGGAUGUAUUGGUGAACGGUGGUGGUAUUGAGGAGGAAGAGGAAGAGGGGGUGGAGGAGGUGGAGGGAGGAGGGGGAAUGGAGGAAAGGGGGAUUGAGCAGGAGGAGGAACACGAGCAGGAGGAAUAUGAAGAAUUGGAGGAAGGGGGGGAGGAAGUGGAGGAAGAGGAGGAAUUUGAGGAGGAAGGGGGAUUGGGGGAGGAAGAGGGAGUGGGGGAGGAAGAGGGAGUGGGGGAGGAAGAGGGAAUGGGGGAGGAAGAGGGAAUGGGGGAGGAAGAGGGAAUGGGGGAGGAAGAAGGGGCAGAAGGGGGACUGGAAGAAGAGGGGGCAGAUGAAAGAGUGGAGGAGGGAGGAGAGGAGGGGGAUGAGGGGACACUAGCAGCAGAGAUGGAUGAUGCUGCUGCGCGUUUCUUUGACUCGCGUGGAGACGCAGGGGUGUGGCAGGGCAUAGGAGCGGCGGCAGCACCUGCAGCAGGGGAGCUGGCGAGGAGAUGGAAGAAGGGAAAAGAGAGGGCGUCCCAGCAAGCGCGCAAGGGCGGGGGAGAUGUGAAAGCGGGCGAGGAGCAGCAGAGGGAGGCGGAGGACGCGGAGGCAUUGCUGUCAGCAGCGGCGGCAUCAGGUGCGGGCAGGAGGAAGGGGCUGGGAGGAGGCCACAUGGACCCCGAUCCCAGCGCCACACUGCUGCUGCGCCGCUUCAAGGCCAGAGAGGGCCUACCCGCUGGUGGAGACGACGCUGGCAGUGCCACGCCCACACACGCUGCAGAAUCCCCUGCCACCUCCCACGAUGGCCUCGCAGAGGGCUCUCACUCUCACUCACAUGCACCACAGCCGUCAGCAUCAUCAGCAGCAGCAGGAGCAGCGGGGCAGGCAUCGUCGCGCGCGGUGCACCACGCGGCAUCGCCGUCCUACUCGUCGCUCACGGUGGCCAUCCCGCGUGCCCCCCUGGGCUCCUCUGACCUCGCCCAGCACUCCCUCUCCCAUGCCAGCCCCGCCUCCCACGCCAGCCCCUACGCGCGCAGCCCCUACCACGCCAGCCCCUCGUCCCAGGCCAGCCCCUCCCACUCCAGCGCCUCCUCCUCCCAGGCCAGCCCGCCUCAAGUCAAGACCCACCGCCACCACCACAACCACCACCACCACCCUCCGCACCCCCCACAGCAGCAGCAUCAGCAGCAGCAGGGUUCCCUCCACGGCCCCUCUCGGCUCUCCCCCACAGGCAACUCCCCGAGCAGUGCAGCAAGGCAGGGGGGAGCGCGACAGGGGGGCGGUGGGCCAGCAGAUGGAGCGGAUGAGAUGGACGAGGUGAGUCGCCUGGAGCACGAGGCGCUGCUGCGCUUCUCAUCGGGUGCGCGGCAGCUGGAGGUGCAGGCGGACAGGGAGAGGCACGCCGUGGACGUCGCAGAAGCCCGCGUCGCCUCCGCUCUCGAGCGCCUCGAGGCCGCCCGGCGCGCCGUGGCUGAGGAGAAGGCUCGGCGCGCGGCAGCAGUGGCUCGGUGGAAGGGGGCGAUGGUGGCGGUGGAGGAUGGCAGCGAGCUGAUGGAGGAGGCGUGUGCCGUGGUCAGGCGCAAGGCGGAUGAGUGCCGCGACGCCUGGCGGCGCCAUGUGGAGUCCACCCAGCGCCUCACCUCGGGGGGCAGCACGCCGGGGGGCACAACGCGCAAGAAGAUGAACCGCAUGCGGCAGGAGGAGUUUGAGCGUGCGGCGCGCACACAUGAGGAGUUCCUGCGGCUGUGGGAAGAGCUGGAGGCGCUGUGCAAGCCCAGCCUGCAGGCCGCCGUGCAGCGCCUGGCCAGUGGGUCGCUGCAUGUGGAUGGGGACACGGGCGAGUACAGCAUGCAGGCGCCCACCAGCAAGGGCCGCAGUAGAGGCCGCGACAAGCUCAAAUAA